AGAAUUAAUUUAAGAUAAGUAUAAUACAAUUAAAGGAUACAUUCAAAAGAUAUAUUUGAAGAUAAAUCAUAAAAAUGUCUCAAAAAAAGAAAAAGAGACUCUCAUUGCACGACACGGAAGCCAUAAUGGCAACCAAUGGUACUAUUGUUCAGAAGUUGUUUGAUGGCAGUAGUAUUGAGACGACCGCCAGAAUAUCUGAAGGAAAUAUCUCUAUUGUAGGUCUUAAGAGAAGAGUUGGUCUCAUCAGUGGAACAGCUCUUAUUGUGGGCACAAUGAUUGGAAGCGGUAUAUUUGUGUCACCGAAAGGUGUACUUGAAAGAUCUGGAUCAGUUGGUCUCAGUCUUCUAGUAUGGACCGGAUCUGGUCUCAUAUCUUUAUUAGGUGCCCUGUGUUACGCAGAAUUAGGAACACUGAUAACUAAAUCCGGUGCCGAAUAUUCAUAUAUAUUGGAGUCGUUUGGAGGCCUUUUGGCAUUUCUUUUCUCAUGGAUCUCAGUAUUUGUGUUAAAGCCGGCGAUGUUAGCCAUCAUAUGUAUGACAUUAAGCGAGUAUAUCGUUCAGCCAUUCUUUCCCGAUUGUGCUCCCGAUUCGUCGGCCGUCAAACUCAUUACCAUAUUUUUUAUCGUUACCAUAACAUUUGUCAACUGCUAUAGUGUUAAUUUAGCCACUAGUACUCAAAAUGUCUUCACGGCUGCCAAACUCUUGGCCAUUAUCAUCAUUGUCAUCGGCGGUAUUGUUAAGUUAUGUCAAGGCAAUACAGGUCUUAUCACUAAAGGUUUUCAGGGAUCAAAAUUCAAGUUUUCCGACAUUGCGACCGCUUUUUAUAGUGGUCUUUGGGCUUAUGACGGCUGGAAUAAUCUGAAUUACGUUACUGAAGAAUUGAUUGAUCCCUAUCGGAACCUCCCGCUGGCCAUUAUAUGUGGUAUUCCUAUGGUUACAAUUUGCUAUGUUCUCGUCAAUAUCUCAUAUAUGACUGUUAUGACAACUGAUGAAAUACUGGCAUCAGAUGCUGUCGCUGUGACAUGGGGUAGUCAUGUGCUGGGAGUGGCGGCCAUAAUAAUGCCCAUAUCUGUAGCACUGUCAUCAUUUGGUGCCGGAAAUGGAUCAUGUUUUACAAGUGGAAGGUUGGCAUUUGUUGCGGCCCGAGAGGGACACCUAAUAGAUGUGUUGUCAUACAUUGAUAUGGAUCGAUACACUCCAUCGACAGCUCUUAUAUUUAAUGCAUUCCUUUCAAUAUUAAUGGUGAUUCCGGGAAAUAUUGAAAGUUUAAUUGACUUUUUUAGUUUUACUGCCUGGCUAUUUUAUGGCGCUACCAUGAUGGCACUUAUUGUUUUGAGAUAUAAGAGUCCAUAUAAAGAUAAAUCUAGACCAUAUAGAGUACAUCUGAGUGUACCGAUCGUUGUAUUGUUAAUAUCGAUAUAUCUGGUAAUCGCACCGAUAGCAGAACAGCCACAGAUUGAGUAUCUUUACGCCACUUUGUAUAUCGUUUCGGGGAUACUAUUCUACAUACCGUUUGUUGUCUAUAAGAUUAGAUUUCCUAAUCUAAUAAAUGGUAUAACAAAGGUAUGUCAGCUAUUGUUAAAAGUGGUUCCCUGUGAAUAUGGACCCGAUCCGUGUAAUUGA